AUGUCUUUUCAAACAAUUGAAGGAGGUGCUCAAUGCAAAAUAUACAUUACUUCAAUAAUUGUAACAUUCUUUUCCUCUUUGACAACAUACUUAUCUGUUAAACCUUCAGUUGCAUUUAUGAUUGUUUCUAUUGUUUGUUAUAUCUUUAAUGCAUCAAGUUGCUUCAGGUGUGGAACUUUUGUUAAACAGUCCGAUCAAUCAUUAAUACUUGGUGGUUCUAUACUUGGUAUUUUAAUGUGUUCUAUAGGACUUUAUCCAAUUUGUGUUGAUACGACAUGGGGAGACUAUUAUUUUGCUUGCUUUUUUGCAUGUUCAAUUUUUAUCUUCAUAAUGUCUGCAGUUUAUAUUAAAGGAAGAACCCGAAAAGACUUACAAACUUUAGAUGAAUUCGAAUCAACAUGCAAUUUUGAUAUAAUUGGAUCAAAAGGAAAAUUCAAACAAAUUAUUGGAACAGGAUUCAGAUAUGUUCAUCCUGUUUGUAUUGAUUAUUCUUUAUUUAAAUGUGCAAUAGACAAAUGGAGUGACGAUCUUGAAAUAUGGUCAAUUUACGCGAAAUUUGCAUCGAUUUACCCUGAAAUGACAAAUGUUUUGUCAUUCAUUGCAACAAAUAUGAGGCAAUGUACAUCAAAUAAAUCUUUACUAGAGUAUAGAAUAUCAAAUAUUGCACAAAUAAUAAAAACAAGAGAAGCAUGUUUCACUGCAGAAUUGAAAUCAAAAAUUUCCAAAACAAAUAAGAAAUUUGACAAAACAAAGAAUAGAUUGAGAAAUAUUUAG